AUGGCUUGGGCAGCAAUCCUCAUCGUCGUUAUCGGCCUCUGGACAGCGUCGAACUUCUACAGCCUGGUCAGAAACUACCUAUCGGCGCGUAAGAUUGGCGCUCCGAUGUUCAUUAUCCCGUUCAACAUUUAUAAUCCAGUGUGGAUGGUCGCCGCCGUACCAUUGGUGGUGCCUCUGGAGAAAUAUAUUCCGGCAUCGUGGUAUAGAGGACUCAAUCUGGCCACCUACGGCUUCGAAUUUCGAUCCAAGGAAGACAUGUUCGGGGAAGAGGGCAACGAUACCGUCGUCCUUGUCACCAGCGGGCCUGUGGAAGUGUCCGUCAGGGAUCCAGAAGUCUCAAGCGAGAUCUUAAAGCGGCUCAAGGACUUUCCAGUCACCGAUGUAGUCGCUGUUAUCCUGAACGUCUUUGGUUCAAAUCUGGUCAGUACCAAUGGCGAGGAUUGGGCACGACAGAGAAAGCUGAUCGCACCCAAUAUCAACGAGAAGAUCAGCAAACUCGUCUUCGGCGAAUCUGUCAGCCAAGCACGCCAGAUGCUAUCCUCAUACAUGGGCGAGGUGAAAGGCGUGACGGACGAAACACUGCAAGGCAUGAAGACAAUUGCCAUCAACGUUCUCGGGACAGUAGGCUUCGGAAUCUCCCAACCCUGGAAGCAAGGCGAAGCGCAAAAGCCCGAAAAAGGCUUCCGACAUACAUACAUGGAAGCAACGCGAACAGUGGUUGAAAACAUCAUCGAGGCGGCCGUCAUACCCGCGAAACUGCUCACUACGCCUCUCUUCGCGCCAUCGUGGCAGGCUAUCGGCCACGCGAAGAACGAGUUUCCCAUCCACACAAAGAGAAUGCUAGCACGGGAGCGGGAACUACAGAGAACGACGUCCGAGACUAGGAGUAACCUGAUGAGCAUCCUCGUCAAGAUUGCGGAUGGUGCCACCGCCAGCGUGGACACGGAGAAGACUGGGGGGCGCGUCAACGAGUCCGAAAAAGAAAAAAGGGUAUUGCGGCUGAGCGAAGAGGAAGUCCUAGGCAACUUGUUCAUCUUCACCUCGGCCGGAUUCGACACCACAGCCAACACCAUGGCGUACGCCCUGACACUCCUAGCCACUUACCCCAAGUGGCAGGACUGGCUGUAUGAGGAGAUCUCUACCGUGCUUCUCGACAAGGACCCAGACAACCUCGAAUACAGUGAGGUAUACCCCAAACUCCCACGCUGUCUAGCCCUCAUGUAUGAAACACUGCGCCUCUUCCCACCACUGACGCACAUCGCACGACAAACGAGCAAAGACCACGACGUGACGAUAACGACGUCCAAGAACGGCAACGGCGACACAAGGACACAUUUCUUCCCCCGCGGCACAAUCGUGUACAUCAAUACGGUCGCACUGGGUCUCGACACACGAACAUGGGGGUCGGACGCAAAGGCAUUCCGCCCAUCUCGAUGGCUGGUCGACGCCUCCGUGCAGCCGGGCGAUAGCAAUGCGACAAUCUUGAACGUGAAGACACCCGCGCGCGGCACGUUCUUGGCCUGGGCUUCUGGGCCGCGAGCGUGCCCCGGCAUGAAGAUGAGCCAGGUCGAGUUCGUGAGCGUAUUCAUGACCAUCUUCGGUCAGUACCGUUGCGAGCCCGUGAGGAUACAUGACGACGAAACCGAUGCCCAGGUCGAGGCCCGCCUCGAGGAAGUCCUGCAGCAUAGCCAGCCGAAGUUGACGCUGCAGAUGAUGCGGAAUAAGGACUUGAAGGUUAAAUGGAUCAAGAAAUGA